AUGGCUUCGAGUUUUAAGCUGGUCUUGUGCUUGAGCUUGGCUUUGGCCGCCUUCGCCGCUCCUCAAUCCAAAUACCUCAUUCAUUUGCAUGAAGAGAACUGGCAGGAUGUUCUUAAAGGAGAAUGGCUUCUCGAAUUCCACGCACCAUGGUGUCCAGCUUGCAAAGAUUUGGCCAAGAGUUGGAACGCUUUCGCCGAUUGGUCCAAGGAUUUGAAUGUGAAUGUGGCUGAAGUUGAUGUUACUCAGAACCCAGGACUUUCAGGACGUUUCUUGGUUACUGCCCUGCCAACCAUCUACCAGUAAGUUUCGAUUUUUUUUUCUUGGUUUAGAAAUGGAUUCCACAGCAGAAAGUUGAUUUGGCAUACGGUUUUAGGGUUUAAAUUGGAUGUUUGGAGUUUCUGGAGGCAAACAAUCUUUUUUACUCGUUUUGUUUAUGAUUAGUUCUUUUUUACAAGUAUUUUUAACAUGAAAAAUAAAUUUUGCGUGUUGAAUAAGUUUAAGAGUGCAAAAAGAAACGUUUUAGCUAGAGAUAUCUAAUUUUAUUCAUUUUCAGCGUUAAGGAUGGAGUUUUCCGUCAAUACGCCGGCCCUAGAGACAAGGAGGCCUUCAUCACCUUUGUUGAAGACAAGCAAUGGCAACACGUUGAGCCUCUGCCAAACUACAAGCACCCUAACAGCGCUCAGUAAGUUUUAAAUAGUUUUUAAAAAUAAUAUAUGCGUCGCAUAUGCUAAUUUAUCAGUAGUAGUUAACGUAUUUGGAACUUAAAACAAGUUAGUAAAAUCAAUAUUUUGCAGAAUGGGUGUUGUUGCUGUAUUCUUCAAGCUCUCGAUGGCUGUAAGAGAUCUUCACAACCACUUGAUCGAAGAUAAGGGUGUUCCAGCCUGGGCUUCGUACUCUUUGUUUGCUGCUGUUACUCUUGGAUUGGGAUGUAUUCUUGGAUACGUAAGUUAUCUUACUUUUUUAUGGUUUUACAGUUAGCAAACGGUACAUUAAUGUCUUUUUGCCGUUGUAAAAGAUUUUUUUUGGUUACAAGUGUUUUAAACGUAACAAAACGUUAAGGAAAUAGUCGUAGUAAAGUCUAAGCUUUAAUGGUUUUAAUCUCUAUAUCUUAACAUUGAUGUUUUAGUUCAUUGUAUGCAUAAUUGACGCUGUAUUUCCAACUGGUGCUGCUGCACAGAGAGCCCAACCAAAGACUCAACAAAACAAGCAGAAGAAGGAAAAGAAGGAAGAAGGUAAGCUAUCAAACGAUAAUGUUAUUUAUUACUUUAAGCGAUCCGUCUUAUUGUAAUAACUAACAAUUUACGGCUAGGUUUGUUUAUACAGCAGCAUUCCUUUUAUUAAUACGCGUAUAAAACUAACUUUUUAGGGUUUUUAUUAAAGUUUGUUUGUUGAUUUACUAUGAGUAAUAUAGUAAUUACUCCCAAUAGAUUGUUCAAAUAAUUAUGUGCUACAUGUCAAAGAAAGUUUGCAGGACUAGGGGGCACAAAAUCAGUUGGACCACCUAAUAAUUUACUUUAAAAAAUGUCGUAUCAUUGUUCUAAACGUUUAUAUUUCAGAAGCCAAGAAGGAAAAAGAGCCCAAGAAGACAAAGUAG